GCACAUGACUUAACUACCUCUCUACACUCAAUGCCUCAAUCCCAAUUCCACCCUCUUCUUAGAUAUUAGAUCUUCCAUCUUCCCUCCACUCUUCUCCUCUUAUAAUCUUCAAUCAUUCAAUUCCCAAACUCAAAACUUCAAUAUUCCAAUUAACACCUAAAUUCAAUCCCCCCCCAUCAUUCCAAGGUAUACCUAAUUCCUUUCCAGUUUUGGGCAAAUUUCAACGCUUUUUACUUUCUAAACAUUUAAAGAUACUUCCAUCCUAAUGCUUCUUCGCCUAAUCGCAUUUACUUCAAAUUUAAUUCAAUUUGUAGGCAUUCCCCCUUUUGUGUUUCUCUCCUCACUCAACCAAUUCAGAACAAUUUUCAACCAUCUUAAACAUCCUCCUCCAUCUCUCCUCCAUAUGAUAUGUUCAAACAUCCCACCACAACCCAGAAGCUGUUUUAAUUGCUUCCUAAAUCAUGCACGCAUGCACAAGUGAUCAGAUCAUCCCCCAAUACUAUGCUCUAUCUAUCUAUGUUCCAAACAGGAAGCAGGAAGGCAGAAAAAUGAGGGGAAAGCCAAUGACUGGUAAACUCACCUUGUUUCUUUGUUUUGCGAGCUUUCUUGCUGGCUCGCUCUUCACUGCCCGCACCAGUAUUCAUACUAGAGACCCUCAGUUUCUCAACCAUCUCGAAAAUCUUGAAGCUGUACAAGAUUGUGACCACAAACGAAAAUUAGUAGAAUCAAGUGAUCAGGACAUUAUGGUGGAAGUUACUAAAACACAUCAAUCUCUUCAAUCUCUGGAGAAAACGUUCGAAAAUUGGGAGAUGGAAAUGGCUCUAUCUCGAACGAACGGGAGAAAUCAAAGAACUCCGCCGGAGAAGGCGUUCGUGGUGAUCGGAAUCAACACGGCUUUCAGCAGCAAGAAACGCCGAGACUCGAUUCGAGAGACAUGGAUGCCUCGAGGAGACUCGCUGAAGAAACUAGAGAAAGAGAAGGGGAUAGUGAUCCGAUUCGUCAUAGGAAAGAGUGGAAGACCUGGUGGAGCAUUGGACAGAGCCAUAGACGAGGAGGAGGAGGUGCACGGUGACUUUCUGCGGCUGAGACAUGUGGAAGAUUACCAUCAACUAUCGACGAAGACACGGCUGUAUUUCACCACCGCCGCGUCGCUGUGGGCGGCGGAGUUCUACGUCAAGGUUGACGACGAUGUUCAUGUGAAUUUGGGUGCGUUGGUGUCGGCCCUCGAACGGCAUCGGUCCAAGCCCAGGAUUUACAUGGGCUGCAUGAAGUCAGGCCCAGUUCUCUUUCAAAAGGGACUAAAGUAUCACGAGCCCGAGUACUGGAAAUUCGGAGAAGAAGGGAACGAGUAUUUCCGGCAUGCCACUGGUCAAAUCUACGUCAUUUCUAAAGACCUUGCUGCUUACAUUUCCCUUAAUUUUCCAAUAUUACAUAGGUAUGCGAAUGAAGACGUGUCGUUGGGAGCUUGGUUCAUUGGGUUAGAAGUGGAACACGUGGAUGAUCGUUCCAUGUGUUGCGGGACACCUCCAGAUUGCGAACCAAAAUCGAAUGGGGGGAAUGUGUGCGUGGCAACUUUUGAUUGGUCGUGUAGUGGGAUUUGUGAAUCGGUAGAUAAAAUGAAGGAGGUCCAUAAGUUAUGUGGAGAAGGCAAUGCAGCUAUUUGGAACGUUGACGUUUAAUGUCAUUGUUAUCCGUUUUCACUCCAUGCUUGUCCACUUAUAAUAACAACGAUGAACUUCCCAUUCAGAAUGCCAAAGUCAUCACUUUUGUACUUUGCAUCAAUCAAUGAGCAUCUAUUUACUCUCCGAUAUAUUUACUCU